UAGAUAACAGUGUCAGACCACCUCAGAGUCACACAGGGAGGCCUGCAGCUCAAGAAGCUUGGUGUUUUGUUUUCAUUUAGCAAACACUUAUCAAGUGCCUACUGUAUGCCAUAUCCUUACCUAUGUAGUACUUACUAUGAGCCUAAUACUGCUCUAAGCACUUCACAUGUAUUAACUCAUUUACUCUCAGUAAUCCUAUAUGGUGGAAAGUAUCAUUAUCCUCAUUUUUACAGAUGAGGAAACUGAGGCCCAGAGAGGUUAAGUGACUUGUCCAAGGUCACACAAGUAAUAGGUUUUAAAAUCUUGGAGCCGUCUCCUCAACACUCCCUUGCCUUGAACCUCAAGCACCAUCUUGUGUUAAGGGUUUUUGUUGUUGAUCCCAUCAGGACAUGGCAAGAGUCGCCCUAGCAGUGCUGAUCUGGGACGAUGCCCGGGAGGGCAAGGACUCCAAGGACAAGCUGGUGCUGGAGUUCACCUUCACCAAGCCAGUGCUGGCUGUGCGUAUGCGCCAUGACAAGAUUGUGAUCGUGCUGAGGAACCGCAUCUACGUGUACUCCUUCCCCGACAAUCCCCGAAAGCUGUUUGAAUUUGACACUCGGGACAACCCCAAGGGGCUCUGCGACCUCUGCCCCAGCCUAGAGAAGCAACUGCUAGUGUUCCCUGGACACAAGUGUGGGAGUCUGCAGCUUGUGGACCUGGCAAGCACAAAGCCUGGAACUUCAUCUGCUCCAUUUACCAUCAAUGCACAUCAGAGUGACGUGGCCUGUGUGUCCCUGAACCAGCCAGGCACUGUAGUGGCCUCAGCCUCCCAGAAGGGCACCCUUAUUCGCCUUUUUGACACACAGUCCAAGGAGAAACUGGUGGAACUGCGUCGAGGCACUGACCCUGCUACCCUUUACUGCAUCAACUUUAGCCACGACUCCUCCUUCCUCUGUGCCUCCAGUGAUAAGGGCACUGUCCACAUCUUUGCUCUCAAGGAUACCCGCCUCAACCGCCGCUCAGCGCUGGCUCGUGUGGGCAAGGUGGGGCCUAUGAUCGGGCAGUACGUGGACUCUCAAUGGAGCCUGGCAAGCUUCACCGUGCCCGCUGAAUGUGCCUGCAUCUGCGCCUUCGGUCGCAAUACUUCCAAAAAUGUCAACUCUGUCAUUGCUAUCUGCGUAGAUGGAACCUUCCACAAAUAUGUCUUCACUCCUGAUGGAAACUGCAACAGGGAGGCUUUCGACGUGUACCUUGACAUUUGUGAUGAUGAUGACUUUUGAGGACCUGCGGGGCUGUGCUAGGGAUCUGCAGUGGCAGGUUGCAGAGCUGAGCCUUUGGGGAAGGGGUGCUGUGGGAGCCACAGCCAGCAAACUUUAAUGGGGGUGCUCACUUUCCACUCAGUAGAGCUACGUCUAAAUAAACAGCUCACCACUUCCCCAAGCACUUCUUCCUGUGUGCCUGCAGGGUCAGGCCAGGGACCCAGAGAGGCAGCCCACUACCUAGGCUCCUAGCCUGGAGGAGAAGACCUCCAGGGACUCAGAGGCAAUGUCCUAACCCAAUCUGAGGGGAUUAAAGAAGACCUCCCAGAAAGAGACAAUCUCUGAUGUGAUGACUAUGAAUAAAAGGCCCUUAAUGGCA